AUGCCCACUGUCCAUUUGCUCGACUACGUCGCUGGAAAUGUGCGCUCCCUGGUCAACGCUAUUAACAAAGUAGGAUAUGAUGUUGAGUGGGUGAAAUCACCCAGUGAUUUGAAGGAUGUCGAGACACUCAUUCUACCGGGAGUUGGUCAUUUCGGCCAUUGUCUUUCUCAACUUUCGAGCGGCGGUUACCUAGAACCCAUUAGACAACACAUAGCCUCGGGAAAGCCAUUUAUGGGCAUUUGCGUUGGUAUACAGGCUCUCUUUGAGGGCUCCGAGGAAGACGCAAACGUUCCUGGCCUUGGAGUCGUCCCAGUGAAGAUGCAAAAUUCUUCUGGAGGCCAGAGUUUUUACGGUCUCAAUCCAAGCAGCAAGUACUAUUACGUUCAUUCUUAUGCUGCGCUAUACGAACCGGGCGUCCUCGAGCGCGACGGCUGGUUAGUUGCUACAGCAAAGUAUGGGGAGGAAACGUUUAUUGGCGCGAUUGCGAGGGACAAUAUCUUCGCCACUCAGUUCCAUCCCGAAAAGAGUGGACAGGCCGGUCUGCGAACCCUCCGCGCCUUCUUGAACGGUGAUAAAUUGCAAACCCUCGCAUCAGAUGAUUCGAGUCGUACGGAAGAAAAGAAUGGACUUACUCGCCGGAUCAUUGCUUGCCUCGAUGUCCGCACAAACGACGCUGGCGACCUUGUCGUCACGAAGGGCGAUCAGUACGAUGUUCGGGAAAAGGAUGGUGCAGAUGCAGGAGGCCAGGUGAGAAACCUAGGGAAACCCGUGGACAUGGCAAAGAAAUAUUAUGAGCAAGGGGCCGACGAGGUCACGUUUCUGAACAUCACGUCCUUCAGAAAUUGCCCGGUGGCUGAUCUCCCGAUGCUUGAAAUCUUGAGGAGAACAUCAGAGACCGUCUUCGUGCCUUUGACGAUCGGGGGCGGCAUCAGGGAUACUGUGGAUACAGAUGGCACUCACAUACCGGCGCUCGACGUGGCGACAAUGUAUUUCAAGUCAGGGGCUGACAAAGUCAGCAUCGGCUCGGAUGCUGUUAUCGCCGCCGAAGAGUUUUAUGAAGCUGGCGAGGUUCUUUCCGGCAAGACGGCUAUUGAAACUAUCUCAAAAGCUUAUGGUAAUCAGGCUGUCGUUGUAAGCGUUGACCCGAAACGCGUAUAUGUGACCAAGCCAGAGGAUACAACACACCAUACAAUUGAAACAAAACACCCCAAUGCUGCUGGGCAAACUUUCUGCUGGUAUCAGUGCACCAUCAAGGGUGGUCGGGAGACGCGUGACUUGGAUGUUUGUCAAUUGGUGAAAGCUGUGGAAGUCAUGGGGGCCGGAGAGAUCUUGCUGAACUGCAUCGACAAGGACGGAAGCAACAGCGGGUUCGAUCUAGAGCUCAUAAACCUCGUCAAGGCUGCGACAACGAUACCGGUCAUUGCUUCCAGCGGAGCAGGCGUGCCCAAGCACUUUGAGGAAGUGUUCGAACAGACAACGACCGAUGCCGCUUUGGGUGCUGGAAUGUUCCAUCGUGGUGAGUAUACCGUUGGUGACGUGAAAAAUUACCUCGGUAGCAAAGACUUCCUAGUCAGGCGGUUCGAAUCUGAUAUCUGA